GGUUCCUGGGGCUGCGUGCGUCUGUACAGAGACCUGACCCUCCGUUCCGGGCUCUCCGGUGGAGUCCGGUUGCUCGCCCGUGCCAGUCCCUACCCCGCGGGGGCGCAGGGCAAAGGCACCCUGCUUUUCUGGGUAACUGGGCGAGCCUCAUGCCUCUCUGCGCUUGCGUCUUCCCAUGUGUAGCCUUUUGGGUUUGGGCAGCCGUUUGCAGCCAAAGCUCUCGAAUUCCGAAGAGGAUGGACGGGUCUUUAAAAGACACGUCUGAGCAGUGAGUGGGCGGCGGGAUGGAUAAGUUCCUGGUGAGGCCAGACCUCCGCGACAUCCAAGGGGGAGGGGAGGAGCCCGCCCCGACGGGAGGAGCCUCGGGCGACCUGCAGAGCCCCGGCUGGCGACACCUUCGCGCGGAAGGUCUGAGCUGCGAUUACACCGUCCUAUUCCGCAAAGCCGAGGCAGACAAGAUUUUCCGAGAGUUGGAGCAAGAAGUGGAGUAUUUUACUGGUGCACUGGCCAAGGUCCAGGUGUUCGGAAAGUGGCACAGUGUUCCCAGGAAGCAGGCGACCUAUGGCGAUGCUGGCCUCACGUACACGUUUUCUGGUCUUACCCUGACACCAAAGCCCUGGAUUCCUGUUCUAGAGCGUGUUCGAGAUCGAGUCUGCGAGGUGACAGGACAGACCUUCAACUUUGUACUCGUGAACAGGUACAAAGAUGGUUGUGACCACAUCGGUGAGCACAGAGAUGACGAGCGAGAACUGGCCCCGGGGAGCCCCAUCGCGUCUGUCUCCUUUGGCGCUUGCAGGGACUUCAUCUUCCGGCACAAAGACUCUCGAGGGAAGAGGCCCCGGAGGACAGUGGAGGUGCUCAGGCUGCAGCUGGCACACGGAAGCCUGCUGCUGAUGAACCCCCCCACCAACACCCACUGGUACCACAGUCUCCCCAUCCGCAAGAGGGUCCUGGCUCCGCGGGUCAACUUGACUUUUCGGAAAAUUUUACCUACUAAGAAAUAAAAUGUCUUUAUUUAUUAUUGUA